GCCCAAUCUUCCUUAUAACCAUUAUGGAUCACGACUAUCCAAGGCUUCCGCGGCGGAAUCGUAGCGGGGACGAUCCAAAGAUGAUUGGACUAUGGAAGGUUGGAAGGACUAUUGGCAAGGGAAGCUCAGGCCGUGUAAGGAUCGCACGACAUUCAAAAACAGGACAAUGUGCCGCAGUAAAGAUUGUGUCACAAAACGUCCUCGUGAACCCUAUCACCAAGCUUGUCGACUCCGCGGAGCAUAUACUUCUCAGCAUUGAACGUGAAAUCACCUCCAGCGAGCUCUUCGAUUAUCUGUGCAACAAGGGGCGGCUAUACACCUUCGAAGCAUUGGGCUACUUCCAGCAAAUCAUCUCCGCAAUCGACUAUUGCCAUCGACUCAACAUUGCGCAUAGAGAUCUCAAGCCUGAGAACCUUCUCGUGGACCAAAACAAGAACAUCAAGGUCGCAGACUUUGCCCUCAUUAUGCCGGAAGUCAUCAUGGGGAAGGAGUACAAUGGACGCGCUUCUGAUAUCUGGUCCUGUGGCGUGAUUCUAUUUGCCUUGCUUGUGGGACGCCUUCCGUUCGAUGAUGAGGACCUACCAACACUGCUAGAUAAAGUCAAGUCGGGAAAGUUUGAUAUGCCAGCCGGGAUCGAUCUCUUGGCCAAGGAUCUUAUCACAAAGAUGCUGCAGAAGGACGCUGUGAAGCGCAUCACGAUCCCUGAAAUUCUCGCUCACCCAUUCUACCUUUCCCAAAAGCCAAAGUCUGUGGACGCGAGCACGCCGAGGCUCAAUGAUAUAGCAAGACCUCUCUCUGACCUUGAAGACAUUGACCAAGAUAUUCUCGCGAACCUCCGCACGCUUUGGCACGAUACAUCCGAGGAAGACAUCAAAGCUAGCCUCAAGAGCUCCGAGCCAAACUGGCAAAAAGGCGUUUACCGACUGCUCACCAAUUAUCGGGACAAGCACUUGGAAAAUUACGACGAGGAAGAGGAGAUGGUGCAAAGAAAUAUACGGCAUGACUGGGAUCACAUCCCAAACACCCCACCUGGCACGCGCGCCUUCGUUUCUUCCUCCUCGCGUAGGGCAGCUGGUCGCACGCUUCCCCUGCACAGCGAUGAUAGUGAUAGAGACUGCAUACAACCAGGCACUCCUCGUAUAACUCUGUGUUCACCGACGCUGCCACAUCCAGGGGCUGAUCUCCGCUCUCCUUUGUCGUCAUAUAUUACAUCGCCCUUACCACCCACGGCUGGUUCUACAAAUUUGCCUGCGAUUGAAGUCCCGGAACUCAAAGAUGAUAAGAUGCAGUAUUUUUUCCAGCAAAUUGUGGAACAUCUUAAUGCAAUGGAGUCGCGCACUGCAGGCACACCCGUCUUGAUCUUGGAAACACCUCAGCUCUACCCACACCUGUCAAUAUCGAAUUUGACAAGCAUCGGAAAGGCAACAUUGUGCAGACCAGGGGCUAUUCGCGCGAACGACGAAAAGGAGAAUAUAUCUCUCAGUGUCAGUGGACCCGGAAUUGUCAAGAAGUCAUCUCUGCGGAGCAACGAUGCUGACAGACGGUCUGCGUUCCGUGUGCAAAUCAUUGGGCUACCGCUCAACAAGCUACGCAAGAAGGGCAGCGGCGACACCGCGGCCGCCGUCUCACCUGCGUUUUCUGACAGUUCAUUCACUCUUCCCGGGACGCCGCGGCGUUGGCUUGAUAGUGUUUUCAAGUUCAAGCCAAUAACGUACCAGCUUUUGUCCACGCAUGACGGGUUCACAUCACGCGAGAAGUGCCGUCGAAUGCUGGUGAACAUGGGCGUCUGCGUAGUCCUCACGCAUGCGGAACAAUCAGGUGUGCUCAAGUGCAGAACAAAUGAUACGAAGGAUCUACCUGGAUUUCUGCCGGCGCUGAAGUCAGUGCGGUUCCGCGUGGAGGUGCAGAGGCCGAGGCCUGUGCAAAUCACUGCUGGAUAUCAGGUUGUACUACACUUGAUACAGGAAAGGGGCGCGUUAUCAAGCUUCCAGGUAAUUUAUCAAAAGGAACUGGGAGUUGGAUAUCCCACGAAUGCCGAUGACACCGAAUAG